AAAUUUCUUCCCAGCUUGAUGUGAGAUAUUGGAUCGAACUUUAGUAUGGUCGAAGGGUAGCUUCUUGGUUCGACAGGAUUAAGCAUGAAGUCGAAGGUUGUUCACAUGCUGGUGUCGAAGAUGCUAGGGUUGUUAGCAUGUUAAAUUAGGUUUUAGUGUUUAAACCCUAAUUUGUUAAGUUAGCUUGUUUAUUAAGUUAGUUUGUGUAAUGAACCUUGUGGAAAAAGCUCAUUAGUUAACAUGUUAGGUUUUAUUAUAAAUAGCAUACUAGUCUCUCAUCAUUGCAUACUGCAAAUCCUAAUUUAGGGUGAGAUGGUUAUUUGUUAUUCUUGUAAACUUGUAAUCUUGUUUUCUAAGAGAGAGUAAAAGAAUAGCAGUUAUAACCAAUUCUUGUGUCCUUCUUCUUCCUUGUUCUUUAUUCUUUCCUUGUUUUAUACUUUGUUUUUGGCAUUGAAUUCACAACAAAUUGGUGCGAUGAGCGUGAAGAAGAUGCCUUCAACAAAAUAUAAAAAUUUUCAAUUUCAUAACUUUCAAGAGUUAGACCCUGUUUGGAUAAGCAAUUUAAGCGGAGUAAAACUUGUAGACAAUGAGGUGGAGAAGUUGCUGACAGACAAUGAGGUGGAGAAGUUGCUGACAAUGGCGGAUUUGGAUGCUUCUUUCAUGGAUAAAUCUGGCACUGACCUCUCUGUAGGUCAGGCUCAAAGAGUUGCACUUGCAAGUACUCUAGCUAACUCACCUGAGGUUUUGCUGUUGGAUGAACCUACUAGUGCAUUAGAUCCGAUAUCGACAGAAAACAUAGAAGAUGCUUUGAUGAAGUUGAACAAGAACAAAGGACUGCGACCUACUUUAUAUGGAAAAACCAGAGAAGCUCAUAAUAACAGACAUUACUGUGCCACCGAUAGUUAUUCGACCUUCAGUCAUAAUUGAUGGAAAAAGAUUGUGAGAGAAGAAAGUUUUAGCUCAGUGAAAUUGAGAACAACUUCAUCGAAUAGAUCGUGGAGCACUGCGUUCUUUGGUAGCUGGAGACACAGUUCAUCAGACAGUGGUGCUAGUGCUACCAAUAGGGAGGGUU